AUGAGUAUCGGCAAGAUCAUCGGAAAGAUCAUCAUUAUCCCCAUCCUCGUCAUUAUCUUCAUCUGCGUCUGCAUCUACUUCCUCAUCAAGCAUCGUCGCGACCGCAAGCGCGAACGCCGCGAAGAUAAUCUCCGUGCCCAAUACUACCGGCAACAGUUCCAGCAGCAGUACAUGUAUCCACAUACACAGAUGCAACCGCAACAACAACAGCAACAGCCGGGCACGCCGGCCCCGCCUUACUAUAAUCAUGCUUAUGCUGUGGGGCAGCAGCCCGUGGCGAUGAACGAAGGAGAAUAUGGAUACUCGGAAUCGAUGAUGAAGAAGCCGGAGCCGGUGGUUUAUCCGGUGCAGCAGCAGCAUCCGGGAUCGGAGGUGGUUUAG